UUGGCGCAUGCGCAAUGGGGCUACACUAGGCCACCAUCAACCACGCAAGAAGACGAGGGGCCUGUUGGGGAAAAGCGUUCUUGUUGUUUGGUAACGUUCAGGGUCAAAGCUCCAGAAAGCAGGGGCUGCUAACGUUGCCGUCGCCGCCAUGACCUCCGCGCUAGAAAACUACAUCAACCGUACUGUUGCUGUAAUAACUUCAGAUGGUCGAAUGAUUGUGGGAACUCUCAAGGGCUUUGACCAGACCAUCAACCUGAUUUUGGAUGAAAGCCAUGAACGGGUGUUCAGCUCUUCACAAGGAGUUGAACAAGUAGUAUUAGGAUUAUACAUUGUAAGAGGUGAUAAUGUUGCCGUAAUUGGAGAAAUUGAUGAAGAGACAGACUCAGCACUUGACCUGGGGAAUAUUCGAGCAGAACCCUUGAACUCAGUAGUACAUUGAGUUUGAAAAGGAUGAGGAUAUAGAAGGACUUCUUAAACCUCCAGCUGUACAGAACUAUUUAUACACUGGCAUGGCUAUUUUUUACAAGUUAUGUGUAACAACCUGACAGGGGGAUACUUUUUUAUUUUGAAAGUUACUGUUUGAUAUGUAUAUUAAAGUGCCCAUUUUAUUGAA